AUGUCUUCAAAGAUACAAGCCCUUGACUCUCUCAAUGAGAAAUAUCCUGCUCCUCAGCGAUUCCAAGCUGAACCAAUCAAAGGUUCAUCCCAAGAUGGGUUCACUCCAGUUUACAGAAACAGUGCAAUUGGUCAAAAUGGUUCAUUAAUUGAUUCAAUUCAUCCAGAUCUUGAUGAUUUAGACAAACUUUUCCAAAAUGCUGUUAAAACAUUUCCAAAUGAAAAUUGUCUAGGUUAUAGAAAAUUUAAUAACAUCAUCAAAAACAAGUAUGAUAAUCAUUAUACUUAUGAAACUUAUAAAGAAGUUGAUUUGAGGAAAAACAACAUUGCUUCUGGUAUCAUUUAUUUCGUUACAAGACAUCCAAAUUAUAACAAGGUUCUGAAUGAUAAAGGAAAACCAGAUUUUGUUGUUUCAAUUUUAAGUCCUAAUAGAAAGAAAUGGGUUCUUUUAGAUAUUGCAUCAAGAGCAUUUUCAUUACCAACAACCGCAUUGUAUCCUACUCUUGGUGAAGAGUCUUCAAAAUACAUUUUAGAAUUGACUAAAUCCCCAAUUAUUUUCACUGUUAAAUCAAAAGUUGAAGAAAUUUUACAAUUGAAACAAAAGGGAUUACCAAAUUUAAACAUUGUUGUUUCACUAGAUGAUUUCAAUUAUGAUGACCACUCAUUAUUUGAUGAAGCCAAAAAAUUGAAUCUCACUUUAGUGGAUUUCAGGGCUAUUGAGAAAACUGGUGAAAGAAAUUUAUUAUCAACGAGUUUCAACCCACCAAGUCCGGAUACUAUUUAUUCAAUCUGUUUCACAUCAGGUACAACUGGGUUGCCAAAAGGGGUUGUUUUGACUCAUAGAAAUGCUGUGGCUGGGGUUUUUAAAGUCAAUAAAGCCGAUAAUGGUGAACAACUUAGAGCCAUUAGUGCUUUACCAUUUGCUCAUAUUUAUGAACGUCAAAUGAUGAAUUUUGAAUUAUCUAGUGGUUAUGCACUAGCUAUGCCAACGUUGACAAAAGAUCCAUCUUUUUUGUUUGAUGAUAUUAAAGCUUGUAAACCUCAUUGGAUUGCAAAUGUCCCAAGGGUUUAUAAUAAGUUAGAGGCUGCUAUUAAAGUUUUCGUUCAAGAACAUUUUAAAGUUGAUGCAUUAGGGGAGAAUCCAAAUGCUCCAAUUAUUGAUAAAAUGAUUUUAAGAAAUACAGUUAGAGAAGCUUUUGGUUUUCAAAAUUUGAAAUAUUUUGUCACAGGAUCAGCUCCUUUAGGUACUGAUACUAUUAACUUCCUUAAAGACAUUUUAUGCUGUGGUGGUAUGACUGCUUAUGGAUCAACUGAAUCAUUUGCAGGUGUUUGCUUUGGUGAUCCUUUUGAAACAAAUACUACAAAUUCUUCAGGUCCUCCAGGUGUUGCUGUUGAAUUCAAACUUCGUAAUGUCCAACAGAUGGGUUAUUCAGCAAAUGAUAAACCUUUAGCUAGAGGUGAAUUAUUAUUGCGUGGUCCACAAAUUUUCAAAGAGUACUAUAAGAAUCCAAAAGCCACAAAAGAGGCAUUUGAUCAAGAAGGUUGGUUUUAUACAGGUGAUAUUGCUGCCAUGGACUCUACUGGUAGAGUUUAUAUUAUUGAUCGUUUGAAGAAUUUCUUUAAAUUAAGUCAAGGUGAAUAUGUUACACCUGAAAAAAUUGAAAAUAUCUAUUUGGCCAAUAGUCCUUUGAUUACUCAGGUUUUUGUUCAUGGUGACAGUUUAAAAAAUUAUCUUGUUGGAGUUGCUGGUAUUAAAUCUGAAUCAAUUAUUGAAUUAUUGAAGCAACAUCAUAAUAUUGAUGUCACUGAACCUGAAUUGAAGGAGUUUUUGAAAGAUCCAAAGUUUAAGAGAACCAUUGUCCAAGAAUUGAAUAGACAUGUUAAAGAUUGUGACUUACAAGGUUUUGAGAAAAUACACAAUUUGCAUUUCGACUUUGAACCAUUGAAAGUUGAAGAUGAGGUCUUAACACCAACUUUGAAAUUGAAAAGAAAUAAUGCAAGAAAGAAAUUUGAAGACAUUUUGAAGAAACUUUAUGAUGAAGGUUCUUUAGUUAAGAAUAGUAAGUUGUGA